UCAGGAAGUAUUGAUUUAUUGAAAAUAGUUUACAUCUUUAAAUUGCAGUUUGUCCCUUUUCGCAAGACUCGAGAAAUAUUCAGCAAAUAAAUCUGAUUUUAAAAUUUCCUCUGAAAGUUUUUUCUUCAAAAACCACAGCAUUUUGUAGGGAGAUAAUGUUUCUUGGUUAACCUAGUGGGGAAGGAAUAUUGGACUGGGCGUGUACGAAUGAAAAAUUACUUACAAUGAGCAUUAAUGUGUUGAGUAGAAUCUUACGAUUUUCAUAUUUUAAUUCAUUUAAAUGUCAGACCAUGAGGUAUUCUGUUAAAAAGGAAGAAAACAAUGUAGAAAUUCCUAAAAAUGAAAUAAAAGAAUAUUAUAGUGCAAAUUCUCAAAAACAAAAUGGAAAGAUAUAUGAUACCAAGCCUUUUAAGUUUACAUGCAUAGCUGGUAAAAAAUAUUCAUGGUGCCUAUGUGGUUACAGUCACACACAGCCAUUCUGUGAUGGCACUCACAGAAACCAGUUUUUAAAGAUUACUCAGAGGCCUAUACGAUUUGUAGUUAAAGAAACUAAGUCAUAUUGGUUGUGUAAUUGCAAACAAACAUCUAAUAGACCUUUCUGUGAUGGAACUCAUAUGAACUAUGAAACUGAAUUUGUAUCUAAAAAAAAGUGAAAAUAUACAUAUAUUAAUUCUGUAUACAAAGAAACUGAAAAUGAUAGUGUAUAAAAACUUUAUGUUAUAAGAAUAUUUCUUCAUAGGAAAUGUUUCUGUUAAAUAAAACUUUUAUUAUCAAAAAUGUA